CGCAAGGCUGUGUUUCAUUUGCUUUCACACUGUGUUUCACGCUGUUAAACAAAAGCUGGUAACCAUUGCAAGUUGUACUUGUAAAUAAUCAUUCACUUUUGUUAAAUUAUCUGCGUGUAGACUUUUAUGAACUUAUGAAUAUGCCAGAAAACGAUAAACAAAGUCUCUCUAUGGUCACCUGCACGGCACCGGUAAAUAUCGCUGUCAUCAAAUACUGGGGGAAGCGUGAUGAAGAUCUCAUUCUGCCAAUCAAUUCAUCCCUCAGCGUAACACUGCAUCAGGACCAGCUCAAAACAACCACAACAGUUGCAUGCAGCAGAAAUUUCCAGCAAGACCGCAUCUGGUUGAAUGGCAAAGAAGAGGAUAUCAGCAACCCCAGGUUGCAGUCAUGUCUGCAGGAAAUUCGAAGGUUUUCUCGCAAGAGACGAAAUACUGGUGAUUCCACUUCUGAUGUCAGCGGUGUGUCCCAUAAGGUCCAUAUUUGCUCUGUGAAUAAUUUUCCCACUGCUGCUGGCCUGGCAUCCUCUGCAUCAGGCUACGCCUGUCUGGUGUAUACUCUGUCACAGUUGUUCGGUGUGGAGAGCGAGCAGUUGUCUGCAGUGGCGCGACAGGGCUCUGGCAGUGCAUGCAGGAGUUUGUACGGUGGCUUUGUCCAGUGGAAAUUGGGGGAACAGUUGGAUGGGAAAGACAGCCUCGCUGAACAAGUGGAAUCUGAGUCGUACUGGCCAGAGCUCAGAGUAUUGACCCUAGUGGUGAGUGCUGAGCAGAAGUCUGUUGGGAGCACGUCUGGAAUGCAUGCUAGUGUGGAGACAAGCCAACUUCUGAAGUACCGGGCAGAUGUUGUGGUCCCCAGUCGUAUGGAGGAGAUGAUCAGGGUUAUUCGAGAACGAGACUUUCCAGCAUUUGGUGAGCUGACCAUGAAAGACAGUAAUCAGUUUCAUGCCAUCUGUCUGGACACCUACCCACCCAUAUUCUACCUGAACAACACGUCGCACCGGAUCAUCAGUCUAGUGCACCGCUACAACCAAUACUAUGGAGAGACCAGGGUGGCAUAUACCUUUGAUGCUGGUCCUAAUGCUGUUAUUUACACCUUGCAAGACCACUUGUCAGAGUUUGUACAGGUGGUCCGUCAUUUCUUUCCCCCGGAAGUCAGUGGAGAAGAGUUUGUCAAAGGUCUUCCUGUUUGUUCAGCUGACCUUUCUGAGGAGCUAAAGAGAGACAUUAAUAUGGAGCCCACACCCAAGGGUAUACGCUAUAUAAUCAGCACUAAGGCUGGCCCUGGGCCAUGUGUGGUGAAGGAUCCAAACCAUCAUUUGUUGGGAGCUGAUGGGCUGCCCAAGAAGAGUGUCAUUUCAGAUUAACCCUAAAGAUCCUUAUAGAGAAAGAAAAAAAAAAAAGAUUUUGCAUCAAUAAA